AUGAAGCUUGAAGAAAAACAUGAGGACAAUGGGAGCUUUGUAGGAAUGAGUCAGCCAUACCUAGCUGAGAUGCAUCAGGCAAAUGGGAAACCAAGAGCAAAUGGGAAAGCUGAGAGCUACAUAAAGCCAGAGACAAAUGGCAACAGCAAUGGGCACAGCAGGAGUCUCAACACUUACACCUGGCAGGAGAUCCAGAAACACAAUCAGGAGGCCGACCAAUGGCUGGUGAUCAACCGCAAGGUCUACAAUGUUACUAAGUGGGCAGAGAGGCAUCCAGGCGGGCACAAAGUCCUCAACCACUAUGCUGGGGAAGAUGCCACGGAUGCUUUUACAGCCAUGCACCUGGACCAGGACAUCGUGAAGCGGUACCUGAAGCCACUGCUCAUUGGAGAGCUUGCCCCAGGAGAACCCAGCCUGGAGAGAAACAAAAAUCCACAGUUGGUGGAAGAUUUCCAAAAACUGCGUAGGACACUGGAAAAUAUGAACAUGUUCAAUGGCAACCUGGCCUUCUUCUUCCUCCACUUUGCCCAGAUCCUGGCUUUGGAAGUCCUAGCAUGGCUAACCCUCUGUCACUUUGGUAGUGGCUGGACUGUCACAAUAUUCAUUUCCUUCCUCCUCACAGUGUCUCAGGCUCAGAGUUCAUUUUUGCAGCAUGACAUAGGACAUCUUUCCCUAUUUAAGAAGUCCAAGUGGAACCAUCUGAUGCACAAAAUCGUGAUGUGUCACCUCAAGGGACUGUCAACAAGAUGGUGGAAUCACCGACACUUCCAGCAUCAUGUCAAACCAAACAUCUAUCCGAAAGACCCAGAUAUUGAUGUGGGCCCACUUUUUCUGCUUGGAGAUUUGCAACCUAUCAAGUAUGGUAAGAAGAAAAUCAAAUACAUCGACUACGAAAAGCAACAUCUGUAUUUCUAUAUGGUUGCUCUCCCCCUCCUCAUGCCCGUGUAUUUUAACCUGCAAUCUAUGCAAGUGAUGUACCUUCGAAAGUAUUGGUGGGACAUUGCCUGGGUCAGCACCUUUUACAUCCGACACUUCAUCACAUUUGGCCCUUUCUAUGGAAUUUUCGGAACUGUGUUGCUCAUAUUUUUGGUCAAGUUUCUUGAAAGCCCCUGGAUUGCCUAUGUCACUCAGAUGAGCCACAUACCGAUGAAAAUGAGCCCAGAGGAGAACCGGGACUGGCUCAGCACUCAGGUUUUGGCUACUUGCAAUAUUGAACAGUCCUUUUUCAAUGAUUGGUUCACGGGGCAUCUGAACUUCCAAAUUGAGCACCAUCUAUUCCCCACGAUGCCGCGUCAUAAUUACCACAAAGUGGCCCCUUUGGUGAAGUCACUGUGUGCCAAGCACGGAUUGCAGUAUGUGAACAAACCCAUGUUGAAGGCGUUUGGAGAUAUUGUCAGGGCAUUGAAGAAGUCUGCAGCCCUCUGGAUGGAUGCUUAUUAUGAAUGA